GUAACAUCAUUUAGUCGGCCAUUUUGAAUUUUGUGGUAUUGAACUCGACCGUGCGAAAUACUCUCUCUAGCUUUCGACAUGUGGUAUGAAUGCUUACCUCCGUUUGUUAUUAUUGGAGCUUGUAUAGCUGUAACUGGCUGGGGACUGAAGAUCUGUGAUCGACUCUUCCAAGAGGGCAAGGUAUUUAUAAACAAUAAAGUCUUGAAUAUUUGAACUUGAAUUUGCAUGCAUAUUUGGCCGGUUUACCUUUGUGGCUUGGAUGAUCAAAGGACUGAUGGGGAUGUUUUAACAAGUCAUUUAAAGGAUAAAGGAAAGAAUUGUUUUAAAUGUACUUUGCAGCCCAGUAGAUACAGCUUGGACAAGUUUGAUGAAAGACUGCUCGCACGAGAUGAAAGGAUCACUGGCUCAAGAUUCAGACAAAAGGUGACAACCGAUUUCAACUAACCCCUUCCACUACCCAUUUUGCCAAUACAGGGGGGAGGGAGGUGGAUAGGGCGGGAAGUUUAUGGUCGCUUUGUGUAACACUUGACUACCACUAAAAGAUUGGCACGUACCCUCUUCUUGCAACAUCCAGAGCAGAGCUUUGUAAUAACUAGAGGUGUUGAGUAUUAUACCUUCGUGUAUUUGCUUGUACAAAGGGCUUAAUCAAAACGUCAGUUUUAGAAACUCUUAACAGUGGCCAAUUUACAUUAUCAACUCAGUUGAUAAAAUCAAAGUAUCUCGUAAUUCCUCCACCAACAAAGCACCACAUUUUCUGUCGAAACUUACCCCGGUAAAAUUUCCGCACAGCCCCAUACUAUAUUAUGCAUUCAGUUCUUGGAUUGAGAAAACAAUGACAAAAACAAAAGAUUGCCAUUGGGAAAACAGAUUUGUUUUACAAUAGUAUGGGGCUGUGCGGAAAUUUUACCCUUACCCCCUUCAAUAACCAGAGGGUAUGGCAAGAUCUCCACACAGCCCCAUACUUCAUCAAGCAUACAGUUCUUUGAUAAAGAAAACAAUUGCAAAAACAAUCUAUUAACUUUGGAAUCACAGCUUUGUUUUAGAUAGUACAGUAUCGGGUUACAGGGAAAUCUUUCCAAGGGCAUUUCUAUUAUAAUAUAACUUUAUAUUUUCUUAACAACUGACUUGAUGAAAAUAAAAAAAAUUAUAAUAACAGCUGUUGGGAGACAUAUGUAUCAGGUCUUGGUGGUCAAACAAGAGAAUAAUUUCAAAGUUGCUGUAGAGCACUUGACAGUUUGAAGAUUUAAAAGGCAUGUUUCAAGUCAUUAAAAACACUAGUUGUCUCGAUUUGGUAAAUUUUGACCAACAAAAUGCUAUUGCUCAAUUUAUUUUUUUUGAGCCCUUCCCUUGCUUAAACGUAAAAAGGCCCAAGUGUUUACGAAAUUGUAAACAAAAAAAGUAAACAAUACUAUUUUUAUAGGAUAUAAGCAUUGUGCAUGUACCUUGAUAUAUCAUAAAC